GGAGCGGAAGGGCGCAUGACCUCGCCGCCGCCACCGCCGCCGACGUCGUCGUCUCGCUUCCUCCGCCUCCGCCUCGCGACCACGCGCGGCAGCGGCAGCUGCUGCUGCUUCGCCUCCGCGUCGAGAGGAGGAGCGGGCGGCGGCGGGGGCGUGCGGCUCGGGUCCCUCGGAGGGAAGAGGCGGCGGGGGCGCGGUGUGGUGAUGGCGGCGGCGGAAGCUGGAGGGUUCGACGCGCGCGUGGCGCGGAUCGCGUCCACCAUCCGCGUCAUCCCGGACUUCCCCAAGCCAGGGAUUAUGUUUCAAGAUAUCACAACGAUGCUUCUCAAGCCAGAGGCGUUUCGUGACACGAUCGAUCUCUUCGUUGAGCGAUACAAGGACAAGGGGAUCACUGUAAUUGCUGGUGUUGAAGCUAGAGGGUUUAUUUUUGGUCCUCCCAUUGCUUUAGCACUAGGUGCGAAGUUUGUUCCAUUGAGGAAGCCAAAAAAGUUACCUGGCAAGGUGAUCUCGGAAGAAUAUUCUCUGGAGUAUGGCACAGAUAAGAUAGAAAUGCAUGUAGGAGCUGCGGAGCCAAAUGAUCGGGCUGUUGUUGUUGAUGAUCUAAUUGCUACAGGUGGAACCUUAUCUGCUGCGGUCAAACUUCUUGAGCGUGCUGGAGCAGAAGUCGUCGAGUGUGCUUGUGUUAUUGAAUUACCAGAAUUGAAGGGUCGGGACAAGCUGGGGAACAGGCCAGUUUUUGUCCUUGUGAAGGCAGACUAAGCGGAAUGAAAUAACAACUGAGGGCCUCUCAAGUUGUCCCUAUUUAUGUUCGCUUUCUGGAAGUAUGUUGGAAGCAACUAAAUACCUGGCAUGACAAUAUUAGCUUGUUCUAUCCAGAGCAGUGCAAUAAAAGUCUCAUCUUUAAAUUUGUAGCUGCAUGAUUUAUUUGGGAAUUUGGACUUGAAUGAUCCUUGUAAUACAUCAAAACAGCAUAAUUUUUUUAAAGGAGUGUCAAUUAUUCAUGUGAAAUAAGGAUCACUUAUUUUGAAGUUUGUUGUGCUGCUUGCUAU